GGAGCGGCGGCGGCGGCGGUCUCCCCCAAGCAGGAUGUAUCGUAAAGAGAAGAGCAUCUUGCUGAAGGACAGCAGCCUGGCGCUGUACAACAACAUGAGCGUCCUGCCCCUCCCAGCCAAACAGCUCACCUACUUUGCCAGUGUGCAUGGCAGCACCGUCAGCAUGGUGAGCGCCUCCGACGACGGCCUCAGCUUCUCCCACCGCCAGCUGCAGGCCAAGGAGGGCAGCCUGAGCGUCGGGGCCUCCAUCAUCACCCAGGCUGCCUGGUGUGUCCUCCCUUCCCGGGUCCUCUUGGUUCUGACUUCACGGAAGGGGAUCCAGAUGUACGAGUCGGACGGGUCCAUCAUGGUCUACUGGCAUGCCCUGGAGGGCUUGGAGUCACCCCCAGGGAAGGCCGUGUUUGCUCGAGGGAUCGCGGCAACCGGACAGCGCUUUGUUUGUGUAGGGACGUCCCUGGGGUCCGUCCUCGUCUUCGAUGUCCCUGCCAAAGGCACCAACAUCACACUGAGCGAAGUCCUCGAGAAGCAUGGCGACUCCAUCACCGACAUUGGCGCCGAGCUGUGCGAGCAGCCGGAAGGAGUGCCUGAUUUGGUGACGGCAGAUGACUCUGGAGCCUUGUGCGUCUGGUUUUCUGGAGAGAAGUUCACACUGGCCAACAAGAUCCCAGCUUCUGAGUGCACCUGCUCCUCCGUCAAGCUGUGGAACGGGGUCAUCGCGGCUGGUUACGGCAACGGGCACAUUCGCCUGUACGAGGCAGCAAGCGGGAUCCUGCGAGCGGAAGUCCGCGCUCACGCCCGCUGGAUCUAUGCCCUGGACGUGGCGCCCCUCUCGGGGAAGCUCCUGUCGGCAGCAGAGGACUCCUUUGUGCAAGUCUGGAAACUGAGCCCCAGCCAUGACACUGAGGGCAUUGAGAUUCAGCACUGCCACGCGGAAUGCGUGACCGACACCAUGAUCUGUGGCGCCCGCUUCUGCAACCCUGAGGGCAGUGCCUUUGCGGUCACCGGCUUCGAGCUCAGCGAGAUAAUCCACUAUGUCCUGGUGUAGCCCUUCCUGGCCGCAGGAGAGGGGACCAUCUGGAGGCAGGUCUGAUGGGGACAGGCGGACGGACGAAAC